AUGAGGCGCUUCAUUCGAGAUUUCGGACCGGCAUACUUCGCGACUGAUGGAGACUUUCUGACGUGCAAAGUCUGUGAGAAAGUUGUGAAUGCCGAGAAAAAGUUCUUUGUCGAGCAGCACGUCAAGAGUGCCCAACAUCAAAACCGCCUGCAAACCCCAGGAAGGAGCAAUCAGAAUGUUUGCUUGUUGUCGGAUUUUCUUAAUCUUUCAAACAAGCAGAGUCCCUCCAACAUGGACCUCUGUCAAAUGCUAAGGGGAACGAAUAUACCCUUAUUCAAAGUCCAGAAUCAAUCGUUCCGAAAUUGUCUUGAGAAGUAUUCCAAAUAUCAAGUUCCAGAACAUACAACGCUGCGGAAGACUUACCUCCGGAAGCUGUACGACGCCACAAUCCUGAAGAUUCGUACUGCGAUCGGAGAGAAUCCCAUAUGGAUAUCGAUGGACGAAACCACGGACGGGAAGGGGCGAUACGUUGUCAAUACUAUAAUCGGACGACAAGCUAACGCCAGUCAACUCAACGCCAAAAUGGGAUGUUUGCUUUCCGGUUUAUCCCCGGAGAAGGAUCAUAAAUGA